AUACUGUUUUGAGAAAUGUUUUCUCUUUCACCAAUAAUGUAUGAUUUCUAAAUGUGUGUAUUUACUUUUUUUUUAAUUCUAUUUCAGGAUGAUUACAGUUACAGAAAUUCCAGCAACUAUAGAAAAAGACGCUCAGCAUCUCCUAAAGAUCAUGAAUCCAGGAAAAGGUAUUCUGAAUCCCCUCGAAGACAAGACCACAAUAAAAAAGUUAAAGGACUACCUGAAAUUGUUAUUGAUGACACUGACUACGACACUCCUGACCGAUCAUUUGGAGACCUGUAUUGCAAGGCCUGUGACUCUCAUAUGAACUCAGAACAAAUGUGGGAAGCUCAUAUUCAAGGAAAACGUCACCAAAAACAUACCAAGAAAGGUGAUCAUGGAGAAAUGAAGUAUGAAAUACUUAAGGAAGAUCCUCUUAUAUUACCAGAAAUUAAAAAGUCAUCAGAACCAAUUAUAGGGUUACAGCAUUGUUGUGAAAUUCGGCGUCUUGAAGGAAAACCUAUCUACAAUUGCUUUCUUUGUUCUGCCAAUGUCCCGAAUGGACAGUUUUUAAUUGAACAUGUCAUUGGUUUGAAGCACAGAAUGGCAUAUCUUAAAGAACACGAUCCAGUGAAGCAUGAUCUGAUUGAUAAGACUAAUCUUAAAAAAGGAAUGAUUGAACCUGUUGUGGCAGAAUGCAUUCGAUUGCAUCAAGAUAAACACGGAACUGGGACUAUGCAAGUCAAACUAGAUCUGUCAAAACCAUCAGUGUCUUCAAGUCAAAGUUAUAAAAAACCUUAUCAGGAUAUUAUUGAUAAUAAUGUGAAAAGGGGUGAUAGGCGAACUAAUUAUGUGGGUGAUAGGGAUGAGGACUAUAGGCACCUUGAUCACAAACAGCAAGAAUUUCAGAGAGGUGGUCACUUUUCAGACGACCCUUACGACGAAAGAUACUUGUAUUCUUCGGACAACGUGAGAGAUCGUCGCUGUUAUGGUGGCGGCGAAUCUCCCAGGGAAAGAAGAUCCCCCAUUCGAUUUGAUUAUAGCCAUCAUGAAACAACCCAACAACCAAGUGUUUCGCAGACAAGAGAAUCUGAUGCUGAUUUGCGAGUUGUUCUUGAGCAAAGAAGAAUGCAAGAGAGAGCAGCAACUCAAAGUAACAACUCCAAUCUAUUUCAGUCAUUACUGAAAAUCAUUGAGACUAUGCCAUCCAUGAUGUUUCUCGAACUUGUUCUUCAUAGAGUAGAAAAAAUGGAUCCUACAGAAGAUGAGCUUUCUAUGUUACAAAAGAUUGGAAAUCACAUGAUCUCAAUAGUGAUGAAUAGAAAAUUACAAAAACUUUCACCCGAUCUUCUCGGUAAAUAUCAAAGCAAUCCAAAACAAGAAGACGAAAGCAACAAGUCUACAAACAAUCUAAACAGCUUAAUGAAUCUUGUGAGCCAAUUCAACAGCAAAAAGGCUUCUUCUUCCUUUAAUUGGAUGGGAGAUUCCCAACCGGAAAAACCACCCACCGCUCCUGCUUUCAUGACACAGACUCCCGGUUCAUUUUACAGCUCUUCUUCAGUCACGCAGAUUCCCGGACUCACUUUAUCCGAUGAAACGCAAGGACUGUACGACGCUUCCUCUUCUUUUAGAAAUACAUCCUCUUACUAUUGACUGUCACAAACGACUUUAUAUCCAUUUAAUAAACAGUUGGUCAAUUACAGCUCUUGAGAAAAUUAUUGUACUCUCUUUGAUAAAGAUCUUUUUAUUAUUUUGA